GGAACCAGGGACCUUUGCUCCCCUCCCGCCUACGUCCGUCCCGGGUUUCCUGGGCCGCCAGCAGUCGCCGGGGGCUGGAGCCCGAGUCAAUUGUGCAGGACCUAACCAAGCCCAGCCCAGCGGAAGGAGCGGUUUCACAGUCGUUUCUCGGAUAAAGAAGCCCGUCCCUGCUCUUGCUGUUACUCUUUCUAGUGUGAAACAACCCUCCCGCACGCAAAAACAAUUUAGAGUGAUUGGUAAACAUACCAAAUCCUCGCAGCAAAAAAAAAAAAAAAAAAAUGGUGCUGUUCGUCCUGAAUUGCCUCCUGCUUCUGCCCUUCCUGAUCUUCUGCAUCUUGGAAUCUCUCCUGAAGCUUUUUAUUCCUAAGAAGAGAAAAUCAGUCACCGGAGAAAUCGUCCUGAUUACGGGAGCUGGGCAUGGAAUCGGGAGACUGACUGCCUAUGAAUUUGCCAAACUUAAAUGCACACUGGUUCUGUGGGAUAUAAAUAAGAAUGGAAUUGAGGAAACAGCUGGUGAAUGCAGGAGGCUGGGUGCAAAGGCUCAUGCCUUUGUGGUAGACUGCAGUAAACGAGAAGAUAUUUACAGCUCGGCGAAGAAGGUGAAGGCAGAAAUUGGGGAUGUUAGUAUUCUAGUAAAUAAUGCCGGUGUGGCCUAUGCGUCAGAUUUGUUUGCUACACAAGACCCUCAAAUUGAAAAGACUUUUGAAGUUAAUAUACUUGCACACUUCUGGACUACAAAGGUAUUUCUUCCAGCAAUGAUGAAGAAUAAUCAUGGCCAUAUUGUCACUGUGGCUUCAGCAGCUGGGCAUACUACAGUCCCAUUUUUAAUGGCUUAUUGUUCAAGCAAGUUUGCUGCUGUGGGAUUUCAUAGAGCUUUGACUGACGAACUGGCUGCCUUAAAAAGUACCGGAGUCAAAACCUCAUGUCUCUGCCCUACUUUCAUAAACACUGGCUUCAUCAAAAACCCAAGCAGUGCUUUGGGGUCCACCCUGGAACCUGAGGAAGUGGUAAACAAGCUGAUGAAGGGAAUCCUGACUGACCAAAAAAUGAUUUUUAUUCCAUCUUCUGUAGGCUUUUUAACAGUGUUGGAAAGGAUCUUUCCUGAGCAUUUCUUGGUACUUCUUAAACGAAAGAUCAAUGUUAAGUUUGAUGCAGUCGUUGGAUAUAAAAACAAAGGACAGUAGCUCUGGCCCAGUAGCUCAGUUGGUAAGAGCAUUGUAGCCAUACACCAAGGUUGCUGGUUUGAUCCAUGUCAGGGCACAUGCAAGAAUCAACCAAUGAAUGCAUCAGUGGGCAGAACAGCAAUAUCUGUUUCUCUCUGUCUUUCUCUCCCCAUCUUCCUCCUCUCUCUUUAAGAUUAAUAAUUUUUUUUAAAAAAUUGUAAAUUAAAGAACAAUAAGUGCUUGUUGUUUUUGAAAAUUCAGUUAUCGGGUUUAAGUUGAUUUAUCUUAUAUUAAAAGAAUUCUAAUCUUUGGACUUCUGCUUUUUCUAAUUACUUUUCUUUCUUUGAUACCACCUUUUUGAGGCUCUUGCAGUCGUCAUUUAUUACCACUGUUUUCCAGCUGAAAGCUAAUUUCAUAUAAUACAAAGAGAAAUAUCUUAGAAAUUGCCUUAUGGAAAAUGGAGACAAAGAAUAAAAGCAGUUUUACAAUCA